AUGAUAGGGUGGGGGGACGUGUACAAGGUGGCGGCGGCGAUGGUGCCGCUGUACGUGGCGCUGGUGCUCGGCUACGGGUCGGUGAGGUGGUGGAAGGUGUUCACGCCGGAGCAAUGCGACGUCGUCAACCGCCUGGUGACGCUCUUCACCCUCCCCUUCUUCUCCUUCGACUUCACGGUCCACACGAACCCGCUGGCCAUGAACUACCGCGUGCUGGCGGCCGACGCCAUCGCGAAGGCGGUGACGGUCGCCGCGCUGGCGUGCGCGCAGGCGGCGUGCGUCGGCAGGACGGCGAGGAAGAAUAAGGAAGGCGGAUCGGGCGGGGGGUGGGCGGUGACGGGGUUCUCCCUGGCGACGCUGAACAACACGCUGGUGGUGGGGGUGCCGCUGGUGCGCGCCGUGUACGGGAAGUGGGCGCAGGACCUGGUGGUGCAGCUCGCCGUGCUGCAGGCCGCCGUGUGGAUGCCGAUGCUCCUCUUCGCCCUCGAGCUGAGGAAGAUGAGGCUUGGCUUCUCCUCUUCGACCGCGCCUGGCCCGCCGGUCACUAAAGAUAUUGAGGAGGGCGCGGAAGUGCAGACAACGAGUACUGCAGUGUCAUUUCGGGUGCUGAUGAAGACAGUCUGGCUUAAGUUCGCAGUCAAUCCAAAAUUCUGCGCAAGCAUGGUCGGCAUCACUUGGUCCUUCAUUGCCAGCAGAUGGCACAUUGAGAUGCCGAGCGUAAUCGAAGGAUCAGUGCAGAUCAUGUCGAGGGGCGGUGCCGGAAUGGCUAUGUUUAACAUGGGACAAUUCAUGGCACUGCAAGAGAAGUUGAUCGCGUGCGGGCCGAGAUUGGCGGUCGUCGGAAUGGCUUUGCGGUUUAUCGUGGGACCUGCGACCGCCACGGUCGGAGCCAUCGCCGUAGGACUCCGCGGGGACGUCUUGCAUCUGGUUAUCAUACAGGCUGCGUUGCCUCAAUCGAUCGCCACAUUUGUUUUUGCAAAGGAGUAUGGAUUGCAUGCUGAGGUGCUCAGUACAGCGAUCAUCUUUGGAACGCUUGUUUCCAUGCCUGUGCUAAUCGCAUAUUAUGUUCUUCUGGGUUUAAUAAGAUAAUUAAUUAAGUCUCCAUUGCCCAUCACAAAUAUGUACAUAAAUAACAAUUUUCUUUUUAGUUCUCUUAAUAGUUUUGUUGAACUCUUAGGCUCCACUUGGAAGUCAAAUGGAGCCCGAAUCCUAGCUUGAUCCGAGCCUACAUUGGGUCCGGAAUAUGUA